GGUCUCCCAUAGAAUCAAGAUCUAGGCCGUAGUCCAGGCACAAACAGAAACCAGUUGGGUCGCAUUCUGUGGCAUUCUGUGGAUUCUGCUUGACCAGUGCAGAGCAGUGUCGGGAGAUAAAAUUGCUUGUGUGGUCAGGUUUCUAUAGUCCAUAAAGGGGAUUAUUUUAGUCAUGUCGCAGCCGAAGAAAGUAUGCAUCGUGGGCUCUGGAAACUGGGGUUCAGCAAUUGCCAAGAUUAUUGGGAAUAAUGCAGUGGAAAACCCCAGUAAGUUUGACCCAGAGGUCAACAUGUGGGUGUUUGAGGAGCAGGUGAAUGGGCAAAAGCUGACAGAGAUCAUCAACACACAACAUGAGAACGUCAAAUAUCUGCAGGGAAUUACACUGCCGGAAAAAGUGAUAGCUGUUCCGGACGUGGUGGAAGCCAGCCAGGGUGCCGACAUAUUCAUCUUUGUGCUUCCCCACCAGUUUGUCAAAGGCAUCUGUGAGAAGUUGAAAGGCAAGAUCAAAUCCACAGCAGUGGCUGUCACCCUCAUUAAGGGUUUUGAAGUCGCAGAAGGUGGCGGCAUCCGAUUGAUUUCCGAUGUGAUCAGAGAUUCUCUCAACAUUCCAUGUGCUGUUCUCAUGGGCGCUAACAUUGCUAAUGAAGUUGCCCUGGAGAAUUACUGCGAGGCAACCAUCGGGUGCUCGGACACUGCUGUCUUGGGAACUGAGUUGAAGGCCCUCUUUCAGACGGCCUAUUUCCGCAUCGUCGUCGUCAAAGACGAGACAACGGUUGAGGUCUGCGGAGCCCUGAAGAACAUCGUUGCGACAGCAGCCGGUUUUACAGACGGUCUCGGCUUCAAGGACAACACGAAGGCUGCUGUCAUCCGACUGGGGCUGAUGGAGAUGAUCAAGUUCUGUGAGGUGUUUUACCCAGGUUCUAAAUUGGAAACUUUCUUUGAGAGCUGUGGCAUCGCUGACUUAAUAACAACCUGUUAUGGGGGCAGAAACAGGAGAGUGGCUGAAGCCUUUGCUAAAACUGGGAAGACCAUAGCUGAGCUGGAACAGGAAAUGUUGAAUGGACAGAAGCUUCAAGGUCCGCCCACGGCCUAUGAGGUGAACUACAUGCUCAAAGCCAAGACUAUGGAGGAAAGGUUUCCUCUAUUCACAGCCGUCCACAGAAUAUGCACAGGAGACUUGCCGGUCAAGAACUUGAUGGACUGUCUCAAAAAUCACCCAGAACAUAUCAAGCCAUCGGCUGUAGCCCGGAUGUCCGUGUGCUACAAUCCAUGACGACCAGACGGAUGAUGUGUUGUGGGAUACAAACAGCCUAUGAGAGGCGCGGACUGAAGAGUUCCACCGGUGCCAAGCGCAAUAGAUCCUUCUAUGCUUAUUAUUACCAUCAUAGGUCGCUGACUUUAACAUUAUUAUGCAUUCAACCUUUGUACAGAAAUUUUGGCAGUGUACAAAGAUGUGCCAAUGAGAUCUAGAUUUUCAAUAUAACAUGAUGAUGUCAGUACAUUUUGAUGUGUCUAAAAGAAUUAUGUUAUAAUAUGACAAUGGUUUCGGAUUAACUAUAUGUAGGCUGCAUGGGAAUGGUAGAGGUGCAUUGGUUACAGGGUAUACCCUCAUAUAUAUUCAUGUGAUACUCUUUGUUUCCAUCCUGUUUCCUGUGCUGUCAACACUGAAUCAGAUCUCAUUUGGUCUUCGAGUCCCUUUGUUUGUGAUGGACUGUGGUAUGAAAAAAACUGACAUUUAUGCAGUAUGGGGCUAUGAUGUUAUGAUUUACAAAGAAGAUCCCAGCCUUUGCUGAGCAGUCUGUUGUGUAAACUCUUCAUCUUCCAAAGUUUAUCUGUAGAAACAUGUUUAUGAAAUAACUCUCAACCAAAUAUCAUUAUUAGCCUUUUUAAAAAUUGCCUGAUUACAUCCAUCUUGAUUGAUUAUGAUGAUUUAUGAAAAGUAUGUAUAAUAGGGCACUUUUGUUUCAUUUUGUCAGGUUCUCGGAUCAGAUUCUGUGGGGAAAUUUUUCUUUUCAUUUUCAACAACAAAUAUCUGAGUAGAUCCCCUACAGAACUUGUGAUUGUUCCAAACAAGACAUUUUUUAAAAUGUGUUUAGUUAUGUCUGUAGCUUACAUCUGUAGUUAGCACACUGUCAGUACCACUGAGCAAGAAGGUUCUUUCUAAGCAUUGCCACGGCAUUUGAAGAUGUGUAGACUGGAAAGGGCUGUCAUGAACAGUCUGCUUAUUUUGGCUCUCAUAUGACCUUAUGCAUUUGCGAGCACCAUAAAACCUCUACUAAAACUAAAACUAACUAGUCUGGUUCUUGAGUCAGUGUUUAUUUUGUUCAGGAAAAGUCACUGUGUAUUUUCUGUUGACAUCAUAAUAAUAUAACACUGCUAUACAGUCUUACUUCGUUUUUCUUUUCUUCUUAUCAUCAAGAACAUUAUCAUAAUAAUAUGUGCCUUGCGGUGGGAAACAAUACAUUUUUGUGGAAAGGAGUGAUGACAUUUCUAGACGUUAAGCGAAAUUUGUUCCCCCUGUUUUGGUUUUGAACAUCCUUCUUUAGUUGGUCUUCAAAUUGAAGGAGUUGGUUGUGAGCUGACUUCUAUUUUGAAACUUGAAGUGAAAUAAUGUUGUUACCUACACACUCUUUAUUCUCAGGCAGACUUUGAAUUUCUAUCUCUACCGGUUCUCUGUCACUUAACAGCCCAGAUUAUAAUCUUUUUUUAUUAGAACUUACCUUUAAUUAAGGGGAACUGGGUUAUUUUGAUAUUUUAUUGAUAUAAGGGCCAACUCUUGAUACAGGUUGCUCUGCGUGAGAUUUGCAAUGCAUCUACAUUUUCAGUGUUUCAGACAUUCCUCAAAAUUAUACUGUGGGGUUUUUUUUCUUUUCAUAAGAUAAUGAGAAUGUUUUCUGAUCUUCAAAGCUCAAGAAUGUCAUUGUGGUUUUAAGGAAAGCAAGCCAAGACAAUCAUCAAAUAAAUGUUGAACCAGAA